UUUCAAGAUGGCGACCACGUUGGAAGAUAAAGAAAUUUGGGAAGAUGGAGAGGAAUUGGGUGAAGAUGUGCUUCGUAUGUCGACUGAAGAAAUUGUCAGUCGAACAAGAUUGCUUGACAAUGAAAUCAAGAUUAUGAAAAGUGAAAUAAUGAGAAUCAGCCAUGAACAGCAAGCAAUGAAAGAGAAGAUUAAGGAAAACUCUGAAAAGAUAAAAGUCAACAAAACACUCCCAUAUUUGGUAUCAAACGUCAUAGAGUUACUUGAUGUGGAUCCACAAGAUUAUGCGGAGGAAGAUGGAGCUAAUGUCGAUCUAGAUUCUCAAAGAAAAGGAAAAUGUGCUGUAAUAAAGACAUCUACAAGACAGACCUAUUUCUUACCUGUCAUCGGUUUGGUUGAGCCUGAAAACCUAACACCAGGAGAUCUUGUAGGUGUAAAUAAAGACUCCUACUUGAUUUUAGAAAAGCUUCCAGCAGAGUAUGAUUCUCGAGUCAAAGCUAUGGAGGUUGACGAGAGACCUACUGAACAGUACAGUGAUAUUGGUGGACUUGAUCAGCAGAUUCAAGAGUUAGUAGAGGCAAUUGUUCUACCAAUGACACACAAGCAAAGAUUUGAAAACCUUGGCAUUGCACCCCCCAAAGGUGUAUUAUUAUAUGGACCACCAGGAACUGGAAAAACCUUGUUAGCCAGAGCAUGUGCUGCACAGACCAAGUCCACGUUCUUAAAGCUUGCAGGACCUCAACUUGUACAGAUGUUUAUUGGAGAUGGUGCUAAGCUUGUUCGUGAUGCCUUUGCUCUUGCAAAAGAGAAAGCACCAGCUAUCAUAUUUAUUGAUGAAUUGGAUGCCAUAGGAACAAAGAGAUUUGACAGUGAAAAAGCAGGAGACAGAGAGGUUCAAAGAACCAUGCUUGAGCUUCUUAACCAGCUGGAUGGAUUCAGCUCGCACCACGAUAUUAAGGUCAUAGCAGCAACAAACAGAGUCGAUAUUCUUGAUCCCGCUUUGUUGAGAUCAGGUCGAUUGGAUAGAAAGAUAGAAUUUCCCAACCCUGACCAAGAAGCAAGAGCUAGAAUUUUGCAGAUUCACUCUAGAAAAAUGAAUGUUAGUGCCGAUGUCAACUUUGACGAGCUGUCAAGAUGCACAGAUGAUUUCAAUGGUGCAAUGCUCAAAGCCGUCUGCGUUGAAGCUGGUAUGAUUGCUCUACGACGAGAAGCCACUACAGUAUGUCAUGAAGACUACAUGGAUGGCAUCAUGGAAGUCAAUGCCAAGAAGAAGACUAACUUGCUGUACUACGCUUAGAUUGACAUGCUUUACGCAAAUCAAUAUUGUAUUAAAAACCAUCUUAAAAACUACUACUGUGAAUGUUAAUAAACAAAAUUUAGUAAACAAUGAAAACUUG